CCUUGCUGACGCGCUCUCUCGGUUGCAGGAGGAGUAAUCGAUCGCCGAUUGGAGAUCUGAGUCGGUAGGUCGGUUCCAAGCUAUCCCGGAACAAAGAUGGGGGGCAAGAACAAGCAGCGAACGAAGGGAAAUGUCCGGCCCUCAAGCAGCGGACAGGCAGCAGAGCUUCUUGCUAAGGAAAGUGGCACAGUGCCUGGUUUUAUUGGCUUUGGCUCAUCACAGAGUGACCUUGGCUAUGUUCCUGCAAUCCAGGGGGCAGAAGAAGUCGAUAGCCUUGUCGAUGCCGAUUUUCGUAUGGUGCUUCGUAAACUCUCCAAGAGAGACGUUACUACAAAACUAAAAGCCAUGCAAGAGUUUGGUGCAAUGUGCAAGGAGAGAGAGGUCAUGACUGUUCGAGGUGUGCUUCCGUACUGGCCAAGGAACUAUUGCAAGAUCUCACUGGAUCAUGAUCGCAGAGUCCGAGAAGCCACUCAACAAGCUUUUGAGCAGCUGAUCUUGAAAGUGAAGAAAUAUCUGGCUCCUCAUUUGAAAAGCCUAAUGGGUUACUGGCUCCUUGCUCAGUGUGACACGUACUCACCUGCCGCUAGCGCAGCCAAAGUGGCCUUUGAAGCCGCGUUCCCUCCACACAAGCAACCCGAAGCCUUGGCUUUCUGCAAAGAAGAAAUUUUGAAUGUUUUGAUGGAUCACUUGUUGAAAGAAACUCCUGACACACUGAGCGAUCCCCAGACUGUGCCACCUGAAGAACGAGAGUCCAAAUACUAUCGAGUUGUUACUUGCUCCUUGUUGGCAUUGAAGAGGCUGCUUUGUAUGCUGCCAAGCAGCGAGACUGGCUCCCUGUCUGAGAGACUGGCUUAUCUACUGUCACAGGGCAAGUUCUGGAAGUUCAGCAAGCAUACAACUCCAACUAUCCGAUCUGCUUUCUUUGAACUUAUAUCCUGUCUGUGCCAGCAUCUGCCCACUGUUUUAAUUACUGAGGCUUCCCGCGUAUGCACUGCAGUACUCCUCAGUAUCGAUGACAGUGAUGCUGUGGUGUGUCCUGCCCUCUGGGAGGCUGUCCUUUACACCGUAACCACCAUUGAGGACUGUUGGGUUCAUGUGAAUGCCAAGAAGGGUGUAUUGCCCAAGUUAUGGGCUGUGUUGAGAGAGGGAGGUCGUGGACUGGCUAUUGUAAUCUUCCCGAACCUACUACCGUUUAUCAGCAGAGUUCCUCAACAAAUUACAGAUUCUAGGCUGGACUUUUACAAUAACCUAUUUGAAGCAUUUGUUCAAGGUAUCUCUAGUGAGCGGGCCAUCACAAGCCCCGCAGAAUGUUCUGCCAUUAUAUCUGCCUACAUGGAAUGCCUACGCUUUGCCAUGCAUGAAAACGCCGGAGAGGGAGAGGAACAGAGGAAAAUUCGGCAAAUGCUCAUCACUGACCAACUGAUCCCUCUUAUUGAUUCUUCUUUAAAAGACUACAAACUUCAAAACAGCCCAUUUUAUGGCCACGUGGAGGAAACAAUAUAUUCCUGGGAGAAGAAAGCAGAGAAUGAACGUCUUGGAGAAGAUGUUUCUUGUAUACAUUCCACCAUAUUAUCUGGAUUUUGGGAGAGCUUAUCAAAUGUAUGCGUUGCUAAUGUGGAUACAUUAGAGGCUGGAGAAAAGGAUCUAGCAGGUGUUUCUGGGCUUUUACAUAUUCUUCAGAACCCAAACACUUGCAUGAAAGUAAACAAAAAGAAAAAAGCAAAGAUACGAUUUGCUGACGAAGAGGAAAGUGCUGGUGGUAGCAUUAGACCAGAGCCACCUACAAGAGAUACCAAGAGUGUGUCUAAAGACCAGGACAACAUUGUUCCUGUAAGGAACAGAGAGCCAACCAUCAGUCGAUUGAGGCAGGAAUUCCUGGAAGAAUUGGUGUGCAAGUUGGCUGAGCUCAGCAUGGUUUACAUUUCUGAACAGGGGUCCAAACGUCAUCUGAAAUUCUUGGCUGCUCUCCUUAGGGCAUUUUGUUCUGCUAAGGUUUUUCAGGUUCUCGUAGAACAAAGUUUUGAUGAAGCCCCCACAAAUGCAGAGCUCCUUGGGCGGGGGAUGGUACUCAAAAACGAAAACCCAGCAGUGCAGUUCCUUUAUCGAAAAUUAACAAACUGGUUAAGAGAAGGAAGCGAGGAGGAUUCUGAUUUCUUGGUGGACAUCUUGUAUAGUGUCCUGGUGUGCUGUUCUGAUCCUUUGGAAAGAAAAAGUAUCAUGGACAACAUGACAAAGAUGGACUUUAAAUGGAGCGUUUUUCUUCACAUCAUUCAAAAGGCAUGUUCAGAUUCCGUGAAGCAUUCUCUUGUCUGUGAUUGGCUGACCGGUGAUGUUCUAGGUGACAAGUUGAUCUCUCUUGCAAAUGAGCUUUGUGCGAGUGGGCUAAGAGAUAAAGCAACACAAUCAGAAUCCUAUUGUUCAAAUAAAUGGGCUCUUUUGAGUUUGGUGUUGUCAGAGCAUGUGAAAAAUGAAUCAUUGAUUGGUGAAACCUACGUGGAAAGAAUCAUCGAUCAGCUGCAUUCGGCUCUCUCUAAAGCCAGGGAUCUUUCUGAAGCUGGAGAUGUCGAACAGUCCGUUUCAUUCAUAUGCGACGUGGCGUCUAACUUUUUUAGCUCCGUGAAGGGCUGUUUUCUGAUGCCCUCAGCGGAAGAUCUGCUUCUGACCAUCUUCCAGCUCUGUGCCCAAACACCUGAUACAACCCAUUUGUCAGAUUCGCUGGUGCUCAAGCUGGAACAUACCUGGCUGUGUGGCCUAAAUUCAUUGGUCUGCCAUUUUGACAGUAUACCCCAAGGAAGCAUGUUCUUGAAUAGAUCUGCUCAAUGGGUUAAGAAUCAGAUUCAGAAGUCGCAGCUCAGUGUUCAGAGCCUUCAGUCUUUAAUUGGCGCUGUUAACAAUCUGUACUGCAAAAUCCUGGAGGCAGGUUCGUUGGCUAUCCCCCUUCUAGAAGAACAUCUAACAUUAAUGAUUCCAGACACGGAACAGUGGCAAAAGAUGCGUCAGUGUCUCUCUAACCAGUGGUUGAGCAAGCCGCUUUUGGAAGGACGGCUGAGCAUGAACUCGGAAACAUCUGGGAUAGAUCUUAAAACUUUCUCUAAAAAUUGGCUUCCAAAUCAUCUCUGCACGACCUCUUUAUUGAGCAAAAUGGCUUUUCAAAUGUUGGAGAGCCGUGCACUUUUUAAAGAAAAGGAAAUUGCAACAAAAAUAAGCGUAAUCGUUGCAGAAAUGCUGUAUUCCAUGCAGUGGUGUGAAGAGCUGGACAGGUCUCCAGCCAUCAUUAGUGAAUACUGCGAAAUGCUCCGUGCACUAGACAUAACCCACGAAGAAAUAAAAGAAUCCAGCCACCACUUACCUGCAAUCUUGGAAUUACUGUAUGAACGGUCAAAAGAGAGCGGUACACUUUGGUCCUUGGCUUGUAAAAAAUUAAUUCAUCUGACAAAUGCUGGACAAGAUGAACUUAAACAACUGAUUAAAAGCACAGAAGGAUAUUUUCCAAUGACCCAGGGAACCCUGAACACCAUCCAGAGCCUCUCUCCUUUCUUAAGUAAAGAAGAAAAGGAAGACAUUGUACUCCAAUGUACAGCUAGGAUUAUGAGCUGCCCUCCAUCAACUGUGUCCUGUAUAGAUGGUGGCUUUGGAUAUCUGGCAGUGAUUAACUCUUGCUCAGACCCGGAAUCUGUAUCGUCUGCUGAAAUACUCCCUGCAGUGUUAAAAGUCAUUUUGGCGUGGAAAAAUGAUCAGGAGGAUAUCUUUCUGUUUAGCAGCAAUUUGCAAGAUGUGAACCCGAAUCUGAUCGGUCUUAACAUUGAAAUUAUUAGAUUAUUUUCUCUUCUUCUUGAUAAUUUGUCAUCAGCUGCAACGUCGCUGGAUGAGGCUGAGUGGGACUUCCUAAUGUGCUCCAUGUUAUCAUGGUUAGAGACAGCCUGUGAAAGCGGAGCAUUGUACCAUAUUCCCCUCGUUCGUCUGUUUGUCUGUACCAGCUGCAACAUAGCAUCACAUCUCUCUGCCUAUUUUCAAGCUGUCACUGUAACGGAACCAGAAAAUCUUCCUGCAAACCUUACGUCAGAAUGGAACGAGUUUUUUUCUGAAGGCGUACACAGUUUACUCUUACCUAUGUUGGUGAAAAUAACAGGGGAGUGCAAAGCUUCGGAGACGUCCCAUCUGAGCCCCGUGCUGCAGUCACUGGGUGAAGCCCUCUGUUACAUUUCAAAUCACCAGCUGCAGAAGCACAAACUGCCUGCCAAGUUUGUGGCUGGACAGAAGACCAACCUCCCUGACAACAUACAGAGCUUGCUGAAUACGCUGUCUCCACUCCUGCUGUAUAGAGAGAGAUCUGUGCAAAUCACAAUUUACCAUAUGCUGGAUAAAAUAAUGGCUGAUCUCCCUGCGUAUGAUAAUGAGGAUCUAAAAUCCUAUGGCGAUGAAGAUGAAGAGCCUGCUUUGUCUCCUCCUGCCGCACUCAUGUCUGUCCUGGCAGUUUUGGAAGAUUUAGUGGAAAGUAUUCUUCAAGGAAUCCCGGUCGGAGAAUAUGUCUUAAUCCAGCCUCCAAAUGAUGAAUUCUGUCUUGUUCUUGGUUAUCUACUGACUUGGAAAUUAAUACUCACCUUCUUCAAAGCUUCGUCAUCACAACUGCGUGCACUAUACUCCCAGUACCUUCGAAAAACAAAGAACUUAAACAAACUUUUGUGCAACCUGUUCAAACUAAUGCCUCAUAACCCAGUCCUUCCUGGCCAAGCCUCAGAUGCAACCAACAAAGAGCUGAAAACCUUAUUUACCGAGGAACUACAUCUAACUGUAAAAGGCUUUGCCACCCUGCAGUAUGAAAUCCCACACUUGGCAUGCUGUGUUUACCACAUCACUCUAAAAGACCUUCCAGCUAUGGUCAGGCUUUGGUGGAAUAGCCGCGAAAAGAGGAUUUUCAAUGUGGUUGACCAAUUCACAACCAAAUAUGUCAGCAAGGUUCUGUCAUCCCAAGAGAUCACGUCCGUCCAGUCUAGCACUCAGAUCUUCGACGGCAUGACUGUGAAAGCUCGUUCUGCCACACGCGAGGUGGUUGCUAACUAUUCCGUUGAUGAUAUCUGUAUCGAACUCAACAUAAAACUUCCAAUAAAUUAUCCCCUGGGAUCUAUCGCGGUAGAAAGUGGACGUCGAGUUGGAGUGUCUGUACAGCAGUGGAGGAAUUGGAUGCUGCAGCUAAAUACAUAUCUCACACACCAGAACGGAAGUAUAAUGGAAGGUCUAGCCUUGUGGAAGAACAAUGUGGACAAACGAUUUGAAGGUGUCGAAGACUGUAUGAUCUGUUUCUCAGUCAUCCAUGGUUCAAAUUACUCUCUACCAAAGAAAGCCUGCAGGACAUGCAAAAAGAAAUUCCACUCGGAGUGCCUGUACAAAUGGUUCACGUCCAGCAACAAGUCUACGUGCCCGCUUUGCAGAGAAACCUUUUUUUAAAAGUAGCAGUUAUUGGAUUUUAUCAAGUUAUGGUGUACAGGACAGAUUCUGCAAGAAAGUCACACUUCUUCUUUACAAUAAAAUGUUCUACCGUGUUUCACUAUUGUUACAGAAAAUCUUUACUUCCAUUUCAGCAAUAAGACAAUCUCUGCUGAACACAAAGAAAUGUAAAUUUAUAAUUAAAGUAUAAUUUAUGCUCCAUU